ACACAGUGCUUCAAAUGAGUCUCCUGCUACUGCCAUCCCCUUCACCGGCCCUUCAGAUAUUUUGAAACACUCCAUAUCUGUGUGCUGGUUGUUCCACAGUCCAGAAGCAUCUCAAGGAACUUGUUGCUUGUGAGAGGAGCCUGCUGCAGCCACGGUGUGUGGAGAAGGAAGAGCCAACCACGGCAGUCCAGCACAUCCAAAGCAGAAGAGGAGGAGGAGGAGAAGGCAACAAGAGCCAUGUCAAAUGCUAUCCUGGAGAGCAUCUUUCUGAAACGCUCUCAGCAGAAGAAAAAGACUUCGCCUCUCAACUUCAAAAAGCGCCUCUUCUUACUGACGGAGAACAAGCUCUCAUACUAUGAGUAUGACUUUGAGCGUGGGCGCCGAGGAAGUAAGAAAGGCUCCGUGGACAUUGAGAAAAUCACCUGUGUGGAGACUGUGGCUCCAGAGAACAAUCCUCCACCAGAACGGCGGAUCCCACAAAAAGGAGAUGUAAAUGAGACUGAGCAAAUCUCCAUCAUAGAGAGGUUUCCCUAUCCUUUCCAGGUGGUGUAUGACGAAGGGCCCCUCUAUGUCUUCUCCCCCACGGAGGAGUUACGGAGCCGCUGGAUUCACCAGCUGAAGAAUGUGAUCUGCUACAACAGCAACCUGGUGCAGAAGUAUCACCCCUGCUUCUGGACUGAUGGACAAUACAUCUGCUGCUCCCAGACAGCAAAAAUGGCAAUGGGCUGCCAAAUCCUAGAAGGCAAGAGCAGAAGAGGUUUCAGAAGUGGCCGUUCUCUUCCCAAGUCUGACAAGCCUCUACCACCGACUCCAGAGAACAACAAGAUGAUGAAGAAGGUGUUGCCCCCCGAACCGACGCCCAGUGCCCAGUCUAGGACACGGAAGGUUGUGGCUCUCUAUGACUACGUCCCAAUGACUGAACAGGACCUGGAGCUUCAAAAAGGCAAAGAGUACCUUGUCCUGGAGGAGAGCAAUGAGUCUUGGUGGAGGGCCCAAGAUCAGAACGGGAAAGAAGGUUACAUUCCCAGCAACUAUGUCACAGAAACAAGAGAUUCUCUGGAGAUGUACGAGUGGUAUUUGAAAAACAUAACCAGAAGGCAAGCAGAGGAACUGCUGAAGCAAGAGGGCAAAGAUGGUGGUUUCAUCGUCCGAGAUUCCAUCAGCAAGACAGGAAAAUAUACUGUCUCUGUGUUCGCCAAGUCAUCUGGGGACCCACAGGGAAUGAUCCGCCAUUAUGUUGUGUGUUCCACCCCCCAGAACGAGUACUUCCUGGCGGAGAAGCACCUUUUCAGCACCAUUCCAGAGCUUAUCAACUACCAUCAACAUAACUCAGCAGGGCUUAUUUCCAGACUGAAGUACCCUGUGUCAUCACAACAGAGAACUGCUCCUUCUACUGCAGGACUUGGAUAUGGGGCAUGGGAGAUUGAUCCAAAAGACCUGACAUUCCUCAAGGAGCUGGGGACAGGGCAGUUUGGGGUGGUGAAGCAUGGGAAAUGGAGAGGACAGCACAACGUGGCGGUCAAGAUGAUCAAGGAAGGCUCCAUGUCGGAGGAUGCAUUUAUCGAUGAAGCCAAAGUCAUGAUGAACCUCUCCCACGAGAAGCUAGUACAGCUGUUUGGGGUCUGCACCAAGGAGAGGCCAAUCUUGAUCGUUACGGAGUAUCUGCCCAAAGGCUGUCUCUUGACCUAUCUAAGGGACACUCGGCGUUCCUUACAGGCCAGUGAACUUCUAGAGAUGUGUAAGGAUGUUUGCGAGGCCAUGGAGUAUCUGGAAUCCAAGCAGUUCCUGCACAGAGACCUGGCUGCUCGCAACUGUUUGGUCAGUGGACAAGGUGUUGUCAAAGUCUCUGAUUUUGGUCUCUCCAGGUAUGUCUUGGAUGAUGACUACAUUAGUUCCAUGGGAUCCAAAUUUCCAGUCCGGUGGUCCCCUCCAGAGGUUCUUCUGUACAGCAAGUUCAGCAGCAAAUCAGACAUUUGGGCGUUUGGUGUCCUGAUGUGGGAGAUUUACACUUUGGGAAAGAUGCCCUACGAGAGAUUUAGCAACAGCGAGACUACCGAAUAUGUGACUAAAGGGCUGCGUCUUUAUCGUCCCCAGAUGGCCUCUGAGAGAGUCUAUACCAUCAUGUACAGCUGCUGGCAUGAGAAAGCAGAGGAGCGUCCCACCUUCCAAGUCCUUCUGAGCCACAUUUUGGAUUUAGCAAAUGAAGACCCCUGAACUGCCACCCAGCACCCAAUUGCUCUUUUGCUACUGCUUGUUUUUGCUAUUUUUGUAUAUUUGCUCAUGAACUUCUGCAUGGAUUAAUCUACAAGGGAGUCCAUCGUGGCAGAAGUAAUUGGACCUAUCAGACAACACCAGAUUCUCUUUUUUCCCCUGCGUCCAUAUAAUAACUGGCUUGUAUCUGAAGUCACUGAAGUACUCAAGAACUAACAUAUGACAGAAUAUGCUGGUUGGAUAUUAUUUCCCUCCUCAGCAGAGCAAAUCCCUUUAUCAGAAUGCAUGGUUCUUUCCUUGUAACUUGAAAUAGCAUGAUGGGAUUUAAAUAAUUUUUCAAAGAUGAUGCAACCAUUUGGAAACCUGUUGUGCUACAAUGAAGUAACAAUUACAAGAUAUGAAAAUGAAGGAUAUCUCAUUAAAAAAAGGAAACAUACCUGAUUGUUUUUUCAUCUUUCCUGGGUACU